AAUUCCCUGGUUACCAUAAUAAUGAAAGGGCGAAGAUAUCCAGCCAGGUUCAAGGAUCAUUGCGCCAUGCUUCAAUCAAGUGCCUCUUGCUGCCUCGAAGGAAGACAUUCCAUUCUUGGAGAACUGCACAAUCAUGUCUCGUAAACUCUGCGUCCAAAAUCCACGGCCCGAAUGCUAUCGCUGUCUCACAUCAAUGGGCUGCUUCCCCCACUACUGCAUGGCGAAUCGGUCUCGUCAGCAUCUUCCCCAUGUCCUGCAGAUAUGUGCUUCACCCCGCGUUAUUUGCAUGAUGCACCCUCAUACCAGCUUGAUUAUUCAUUGAGCCAAUGCAUGAUGCUGCAACCAUGAGCUGCUGGUGAUCAUAAACUUAGAAGGAUCGGCUUCCCUCAACUCCCCGGCCGUUGUUAGCUUACAGGGAGAUUUGGUCUUCGAUUGACAUGGGCAAAGAAUUGAGGAAUAUAUAAGGGCAUGCGAUUACCCAGAGGUUCAAGCAGAAAUCUCUGCAGUCUUCGAAUCAUCAGUCACCCUCAUCUUCAACCACUUACUUCUGUCUAUAUCUCCCACCACGCAUAUCAAGCCGGCUGCCAACAUUCCACUUUGAUAAUGGCUUCAACAGAGAUGAUUCAAAUCGGCCUUUCGCUGGCCAGUCCAAGGCCAGCCACCCCACCCAGUUCCCCGACGAUGAGCGAUGAGGAUGCUAGUGAGAUUCUCGCCGCUAUUAAAAUGCAGCCCACGUCUCCAGACCCUCAUUGUCAUCAGUCUGAAUUGUUGCCUUUCGCCCAACAGUUCUUAGACGUUCUCAAGUCUCUCAAUUCCAUGCAGAGCGCCCCUGCGGUGCCCGCUGCCGCAGACAAAGUUGAAGCCGAAGACCCUCCAGCUCGAGCUUCCAAGCUUGAAUUUAAAACCGUCAAUGAAGUUUGGGACGCCAAGACAUACAAGUAUAAGGUCGUAGAAUCAGUCACGCGAACGGGUGAAGCAGAUGAACUGAAUCAAUAUGUGUUUGUGGUUCGUGGACGAAUUGACAAGGAUACGACAAAAAUCACAUACCAUGUUGAUAUCAAGUCAGAGAUGUUGCGAGAUGCGUUGAGAAACGUCUUAAAAGAUGCCCACGCAGUCAGUACAAAGGAGAACAACCUUUCGGUUGAGCAAAAUCUCUUGUAUCACUACAUCCCCGAGCUUGAAACAUGCCGAAAAUGA